AUGAGUGAAAUAUGUCAAAUUAUCCCAUCUCAAAAAGGAAAUGCCAAAAUAUGUGUCAAGGGAUAUUUAAUGACAAAAGACAAGAAUCGAGAGGACAUAUAUUAUUGGUGCUGCGAAAAAAGAAAACUAAUGGCCUGCACAGGACGUGCAACCACUAUACUUGUCAACGAAAAACAUUUAUUACGUAAAUUUUCUGAUCAUAAUCACGCACCUGAAGCAGCUAGGGUUGAUGUAUGUACUACUCUUAGCCAUUUAAAAGAUCAAGCACGAAAUACCAAUGACCAACCCUGCCAAAUUAUUCAAAGUUGCGUUACAAAUAUGCCAAGUACUGCUCAUCCAUACAUGCCGAAUAGAAAUGCUCUACGGCAACAAAUAAAGCGUGUUAGAAGGGAAAAUACGCCAUCGCAACCUCAAUCAUUAGAAGAUCUAACAAUUCCCGAUUCACUGAGAACUACAAUUGGCGGGGAGUUAUUUUUAAUUAAAGAUUCAACCAUUAAUGAUGAAAAACUUCUACUAUUUUGUACUAAAAAUAAUGUUCAACGGCUGUCGCAUGCUCGUUAUUUAAUUAUGGAUGGUACGUUUUGGACAGUCCCGACAAUAUUUAGACAGCUAUAUACCAUACAUGCACCUGUAGGAGGAGACAAUUUUCGAGUUUUGCCACUAGCAUAUGCUUUAAUGUCAUCAAAAUCUGAAACCCUGUAUAUACGUCUUUUUCAAGACUUAAUUGAUUUUUGCGAAGAUAAUGGCGGGUAA